AUGCACGUGUUAGGGUGGUCUCGACAGUGUGAGAUUUGUACCACGUCUAGCAGCACGUGCACUGGACCUUUGCAAACAUGCAUCCCUGGUUUAGAUGCAUGUGCUACCAUUCAAACAGAGACCAUUGCAAGACAACCACGCAUUGCUAAAAUGUGCAAGUCAGCCAGUGACUGCUAUGAAAAUCACACCAUUGUUAAUAUGGGCAAAGGAGUAACACUUUCAAGCAAGCUUUCCUGCUGCACAGGGUGGAAUUGCAGGCAUCCUCUUCCCGCCUUGCCAUCUGUGAACAUGACAUUGAAUGGGAAGAAAUGCAAAGGCUGCAUUGCUUCAGAGAGCAUUAUAUGCAGAGUGGAAGGGAUUGUUAGUUGUGCGGGAGACCAGAACCAUUGCGUCGAAGUACAUGGCCUUGGAUUCUUUGAAUACCCGAACACCGUUCAAGACCCUGACUGA